CCUCGCUCUCCUCUCUCUCCUCUGUACCAACGUCCGCCCAUCAUGAGCUUACGAAAGACACCCGCCGCCGCCUCAAACGGCCACGAGGUCUCCCUCGACGACCGCAAGCUCGAGGCCAAGGAGCAGUACGACACCACCGAGGGUCAUUUCUCGCUCGUCAGGAACUUCCGGCUCGCGGACCUCGUCACCAUCGCCAACGGCAUAUGCGGCUCCUUCUCCAUAUUCAUGUCCGCAAAGUACCUGGUCACCAGUGACGAGGACUACCUCUGGUCCGCGCUCGUGUUCCCCCUCGCCGGCCUCUUCUUCGACUUCCUCGACGGAAAGGUCGCGCGGUGGCGCAACGAGUCCAGCAUGAUUGGGCAAGAGCUCGACAGUCUCGCUGACCUCAUAUCCUUCGGUGUCGCGCCCGCGCUGCUCGCAUUCGUCGUCGGGUUCCGCACAUACCUCGACACGGUCGUGCUCACGGGCUUCAUCUGCUGCGGGCUCGCCCGCCUCGCGCGCUUCAACGCGACCGUCGCGUCGAUCCCGAAGGACGCGAAGGGCAAGGCGCACUACUUCGAGGGCCUCCCCAUCCCGUCCUCGCUCGGGCUCGUCGCCGUGCUCUCCUACUGGAACUCGCAGGGCUGGAUCGAGGGCAAGCAGGGCAUCCCCUGGGGCACCAUCACGCUCUGGGGCAAGCCCGGCGGCGACGGCGAGCUGCACAAGUUCAGCAUCGUCUUCGGCCUCUGGGCGGCUGCGAUGGUGAGCAAAACGCUGCGUGUGCCGAAGAUCUAGUGUGGGCCUGCUGUUGCUGGAUUGCAUAAUGUGGCUUGGGGUAGGUAAUGGCGGGGUGCUCUGGUUACGAACGAUUGUUACGACGCUGUGGACGAACCGCUACUGUAGUCCGGAUAGACACUGAAUACACGCUCGAUGACGCUACGGGCAUUUCUCUGCGAUA